AUUAAAUUUUCUUUUGCAGGAAACGACCAAUGCAAUGAAAAUGAAUUAGAAACCAUGGCGGUCGAGACCCUCUACGUCAUGCUCGUUCUGCUCACCACCGCCCGUUGUAACUUCACCGCCAGACGGAUCUCUGACUAUGAUUACUCAGAAUACCAAAGAAUCAACACAAGCGACGUAGACACAAGCAUUGAGCUCAAAACAGAGAGGAUAGACGUCAAAAAUGAAGCUAAGAGUUCUUGCGAAAACGUAGAGCCAUAUGUAGAGCGCGUCACUAACACUAAGAUCAAUUCAGUGUAUUUGAAUAACAUCUACACGGGAAUGACAAGUUUAAAGGAGAUAUCAGGGAAGAUAGAGGUGGACGGCGUGAGCUUGUACGAUCUGCUGAGCAGCGAUUGUGGGGGGGCCAAGAUAUGUCCCAGUUUAAGCUCUAAUAGGACCUCGGACGACACGAUUACAAUUGGAUUCCUGGGAGCAUAUAAAUGGAGUCAGACUAUACUCGGCGCUUUGCCCCUGGCCGUUGCGGCAGUUAACCGCGAGCCUAGCUUGCUGCCCGGGAUUCGCCUGCGUUUCGUAGCAGCUGACAUUGGCCGUUCUCGACCGAACAUGCCGAUGGACAAAGACAGCAUGACUCUUAGAGUUAUGACUCAGAUGCGAGACCUGGGCGUUGUGGCAUUUUUCGGCCCCGAUGACACAUGCCAUACAGAGGCAAAGCUGGCGGCAGCCUGGAACCUACCGCUCAUAUCCCAUAAAUGCGCGGAUGACAGUCCAAAGCGCGACGACAAAGCAACAGACCGUGAAGCGCGCGUAAGCCUCGGCGUUACGUUCGCGCGGACUCUGCCCCCGGCCUUCAAGGUCAGCAAGUCCGUCAUGGCCCUCCUGAAGGCUUUCAACUGGAAUAAGUUCGCCAUUGUGGCUGGUGAGGGGGUCGCGGCGCAACAGAAGGAUGCUAUUAAGAAACUGGCAACGCACAAUGACAUGAUAGUAACGGCCGAGCACAAUUUUCCUUACUACAUUCCCCUGAACAUAUCCAACAUGGAGAAAAUAGUGGACCAAACUUACGACAAGACGAGAGUUUACGUGUUCCUCGGCGAGCACAUAGCGCUGGUGGACUUCGUGAAGGUGCUACAGCGGCGCGGGCUCCUGCAGACCGGCGACUACGCCGUGGUGGCGGUCGACGACGAGAUAUACGACCCCAGCACCUCUGCCAUCGCCCAUGCUGAUCAUCUGGGUCAAAAUAGCAGUAGCGACGUCAUGGCUUUCAGGGCAGUACUCAAACUUACGCCAUCAUUUCCAACGAACCCUAUUUAUGAGGAGCUGUGUCAGAUGAUACGCAACCAUUCGGCUGCGCCUCCGUUCUGCGUGCCCAAUUACCACAAGCUUUACGAAGACGCCUCUGUACCAAUAGAAGCGGCUCAUCUGUACGACGCAGUGGUACUCUGGGCCAGGGCUGCCACCGCCGCGAUGCGGGCAGGGCUGCCGGCAACCGACGGGGCCACCCUGAUGAAGCUUCUUAGACCCACUACCUACCGCUCUGUUCAGGGAUUUGAUGUAUAUAUGGACAGCGCAGGAGACGCGGAGGGCAACUUCACGGUCAUAGGGCUGGUGGAAGAUGAGACGGCCCCGGGGGGGUGGAGAGCUGCGCCGGUAGCUACCUUCCGGUACGCCAACUCUUCAGACAUGCUUCCGGAACUGGUGGGGGCCAACCAAAUCGUCUGGCUGAACGGAAAGCCGCCGGCAGCCGAGCCGCCCUGCGGCUUCGACAGACUGAAGUGCUCCCUCCCCCACGACCCGGGCGUGCUGGCGGCUAUCGUCGCGGUUGCCGCGGCCGCCAUACUUGCGCUCGCGCUGCUGCUGAGGCAUUAUAGAUACGAGCAGAAGCUGGCCAGUGUACUCUGGAGGAUCGAGGCGAAGGAUCUGACGUUUAUACUGGCGUGCAAUGAUGGGGAUAAGACGUCAGUCCCUCAAGACAACGAAGCGAGGCGAGCGCACACGACCAUCGCGAUGUACAGAAGCAACAUAGUGGCUGUCAAGAGGCUGCAGAAGAAGAGCAUCGACGUCACUAGAGCUAUUAAGAAGGAGUUGAAACAAAUUCGCGAACUUCGUCAUGAAAACAUCAACGCGUUCGUCGGUGUUUGCGUGGAGGCCGGCUCCACGUGCAUCGUGUCCGCUUACUGCUCCCGCGGCUCGCUGGCCAGGGUGCUGGCUGACCGCGACCUGCACCUGGACGACAUGUUCGUGGCCAGCCUGGUGGCGGAUCUGCUACGGGGACUUACGUACCUGCACGAUUCAGCGCUCGUCUCGCACGGGAAUCUCACGAGCAGCAACUGCCUUGUGGACAGCCGAUGGGUGCUGCAGAUUGCCGACUACGGACUGCAUAAUCUCAAGUAUGGCUGCGCCGACGCGGAAGACGCACUGCGCAUGGAACGGCGCAUGCUCUGGCGCGCGCCCGAACUGCUCCGGGACCCUAACCCCCCCUCCCGCGGCUCGCAGAAGGGGGACGUGUACUCCUUCGGUAUCAUCCUGUAUGAGAUCCUGGGGAGGAACGGACCGUGGGGCGAUACCAAUCUGACUAAUGCUGAGAUAAUCGGACGAGUCCGGCAGCCGAUUGGAGGCGUCCUCUUCAGGCCACCAAUGAGCGGCUUAGCGGCCAGACCGUCGGUCUUAGCGGUUCUGAAUGCGUGCUGGAGCGAGCGGCCUGACCGCCGACCUGACUUGCGGCUAGUUCGACUCAGGCUCAAGGAUAUGCACGCUGGCAUGAAAACCAACAUAUUUGACAACAUGCUGGCUAUGAUGGAGAAGUAUGCAAGUAAUCUUGAAGCGCUGGUGGCGGCCAGGACUGAACAGCUGCUUCAGGAGAAGCGACGCACGGAUGACCUGCUGCACAGAAUGCUGCCCAGGACUGUGGCAGAGGCCCUGAAGCGAGGUGAAAGGGUCCAAGCUGAGAGCUACGAGUGCGUGACGAUAUACUUUAGUGACGUCGUGGGUUUCACCAACCUAGCGGCAACCAACACGCCUAUGCAGGUGGUGGAAAUUCUGAAUGACUUAUACACAUGCUGUGAUGCCAUCAUAUCAUAUUACAAUGUUUACAAGGUGGAGACAAUAGGUGACGCAUACAUGGUGGUCGGAGGCGUACCCGAGCGCUGUUCGCGGCACGCAGCCGAGGUAGCUUCGCUCGCGCUGCACGUGCUGGAUGCGGUGCCUAAGAUUACGAUGAGGAAUAUGCCAGCCGCUCGACUUCAUAUACGAAUCGGUAUACACAGUGGGCAGUGCGCCGCGGGCGUCGUGGGUGUCAAAAUGCCUCGCUACUGCCUCUUCGGGGACACGGUCAACACUGCGGCACGUAUGGAAUCCAGCGGUGAACCGCACAGGAUCCAUGUCAGCAACGACACGUACAAGCUGCUGAGGCAUCAUGGCGGGUACCAUUUCAAGGAGAGGGGGAUUGUGAAUAUCAAGGGUAAGGGCGACAUGAAAACUUGGUGGCUGGUCGGAGAGGAUCAUGAAAGGAGAAAAAACUCUCUUUCCCGAUACCAACCCGGCCUUGACAGGCCCUCGCAGUCCGAAGACUCAAUAGAGCCUUGGUGGAACCCGCACCGCUCUAUUCAGAACAUCCGUGACCGAGCGCGUCUUUCAUGCGGGGGCUCCCUUGGCCCCGGCUCAGCCCUAUCGUCCCCUGGUCCGCCAGCCUGCGCCUGCUUCGUCCCGCAACGCGACCACCAUUCCGCUCCGGCCGUCAGCUUCUGUGACGAUUGGCGCUAACAGCCUACCCGACCCCUUGACGAAAAGACUGAUAAACCAUUUGAGAAUGUAAAUGUCAAUGUUAACUAUUAUAACGACUACGUUGACGAGUGCGAUGAGGAGGCGGUGAUGAAAAGAAUGAAACAAGGCGCCGAUGAACGAGCGAGGGGCUUGGCUGCGAUGCAGAGACUUUGCUCCGUCGAUUUUGACUACGGUACCUGGUUAUAAACAACGUGUU